AUGUAUUCGCCUCGUUUCUUACUACUCAUUGUGGCAGCGCUGUGCGUCGCUGACGCGGCCUUUCUGGAUCACUUCCAUCUCGGACGCCGCGCAGACCUCGCCGCCAGCGCGUCGGAUACUGGCAGCAAGAGCUCGUCGACUGGAGGUGCGACGACACCGGCUUCAACACCCGCGAGCUCCUCCCCCGCCUCAGCCUCGACCUCGCCGCCAGCCAGCUCCAGCAGUACCGAGCCGUCCUCCUCCUCACCCCCCUCGUCAACUGCGACUCCUACCUCGCCCCCCUCGCUGACUCCCACGCAAGCCGAGCCAUCGAGCACCGCCGCGGAGCCCUCAUCGCAGCAGCCCACAUCGCAGCAGCAGCAGCCUACCGCGCAGCCGACUUCGCAAGGGGACUCGAAUCCCAAGUCGACCUUGACCAGCUUUGUCACAUCGACCACCACUCAAGCCCCGGCUAGCACCUCUGGGGCUACGUCGACACCCGGUCUCAGCUCGGACAAGGACGGUGCUUCCUCGGGCAUGCCAGUCAAGACCCGCAACACGGUUAUCGGCGUCGUGGUCGGCAUUGGCGGUGCCAUCCUGCUGGGUGCCGCUGGCAUGGUUGCCUAUCGGAUCUGGGGCCGCAGGAAGCACUCAGAAGAAAGCGAUGGCUUGAUGAGCUACGAUAUGAGCACCAAUGGCUAUGAAAAGCACGAACCGUCCAACUCGAUUAGCAGCAACAAUCAGCGAACGCCUUUCCAGUCAACUUUGGACAACUACCACCAGCCGAGUAACGUCAAUCCCUCGUCCAACUUUUAA